AACAACUUAAAACAAAUAUCCCAAAGCAAAAUAUGAAACAUUAAUAACGUUUAUUGCAAAUGCAGUUUUGACGAUGCGUUUCUGUCGCGUGCUAAGGCGGCGAAAUUUAAUUAAAUUAGAACUUAACGAAACAUAAGAGGAAAUGAUGAAUCCAUACAACAGCACGUUCUAUUGCGUUUGUUUAAUUAUAAAAGAUGAGAGGUUGAAGAUAAACUUCAUCAUUUAAAGAGAAAGAUUGAAUCUAUCGAUUGCAACACGCAGACGCGCGCAACUUGGACACCUGUGUGAUGUAUCAAAGGGAAUGAUGUUUCGCGAAGAGCGAUAUAUCCUUUUAAUUUUCGUUGCAAUUCUUCACUGUGCAUUUUCGAAUGACGAUGCGAUUAAGAAUGCAAGUGAGAAGAGACACGGCGGUACGAAUGAUUAUGAGAUGUGCCUUGAGAGCUUUGACAUUCACAGAGACAAAAUCAUCAAGACUCAGGACUCCCGUGACAUGGGUGCCAAGUACUUGAGUGUAUUAGACGUGGAUUCCAGAUUAGAUUGCUUGAAAUACUGCUGCGAGACCGAGCGGUGCGACGUAUUUAUCUUCGAAGAAAAAAAACCUGGAAGCUGCUACCUUUUUCAAUGUGGACCAUUACAUGACUUCAAGUGCAAAUUUACGUGGCACGCCAAUUACACUAGUGCUGUACGCACCAAUUAUCCCACACAGAAUGUAGGACAAUUGAAAGAAGUUAGAAUAUCUCAACAAGAACAUGAAUUAAAGUCACUUAGAAAAAAUAAUGAAGUUACGCAGGAUUAUGGAUUCACAGAGGUUCCUGUCAAGCCCAUAGUCACACAAGCACCAAAAGUAAUAAUAACAACUACACUUGCGCCAGUUAAACCAGCUUGCACCAGAAAUCAAUACGAGUGUCGUUCAUCCGGAGACUGCAUAGCUAUAUACAACGUUUGCGACGGCAUCCCGCAGUGCGCGGAUGGCUCCGACGAAGCAGCCGAUCUUAUAUGUCCCACGGAGAAACCGACGGUCCCUCCGAUCAUACAGGUGCCGCAUCCGCCUGCCGACAUUCUGAGAUAUCAGCAAAUAAUCGAUCAGCACAAGCCCCUUGCUUCGUUCUAUCCUGCCGCACCGGAGAUCAAUCCUAAAACUUGGGAGAUACCGAAUCUCGUUCAUCAAAUACCACAGCCACAAAGUAUUCUGUAUCCAGGUCAAUCGGUAGAGAUGCCGCAAAUGCGUAAGAAUUACGGAUCACCGGGAUAUCAGUGGGAUUAUCAGCCGUUGUAUGAGCAAAACAAGGAUCCGUACGUUCCUGUUAACAACUUCCGCGAACCAAAUAUAAAUCCCUAUGAACAACAACCACAUAUAUUUAAUCAUAAAGGUACAAGCGUCAUAGAAAACAAUGAAGCAGACAGGGGGCUGUACGUGGAUCCCAAGCAUGCAUACACCUCACACUUUCCGUCACCAAACAAGGCAGCGUGGCAAGAGAAUCCAGUGCAACCCUCGCCAUCCGUCGCACCAAGUUUUCAACACAAGCAACUCAGUGAUGUAGAAAAUCCUACAAAAAUUACGACAACACCCGCCUGUGAUACUUCCGAGGAGCAUAAAGAUGAGUUGACGCAGAAUAAAGAACCUGUAAAGAAAGAAGAGAAACCUGUUACGCAUCUGACACAUGCGAAGGCAGUCAAACAAGUCACUGAAAAACCAACUCCAUCAACAAGCGUCGUUUCCAAGCAUAAUGCGAAAGAACAAAAAGACCAUGAUCGUAAAAAUGUGAUUAUAAUCGAGAAGCAUGUGAGACCGCACGAGAAAACCGACAUUGUCGCAGAACAUCUUCAAAUAAUAGAAAAUGACGUUUUGAGGCCGAAAGGUGCGGUAGUGUCAUUGUCAUUGGGAUUAAUAGCAACCGCGAUCACGGCUGCUUUAAUUGUUUGCCGUUUACGUGUGGUGAAACGGCGUGGAAGAUGCGGGCAUGGACCUUACGCGCACGAUGCCGAUUAUUUGGUAAAUGGAAUGUAUUUAUAAAUGAACAUACGAAGGUGAGUCGCGUUUAAAUCUAGUACCAAUCUAGUCAUUCAAAUACGCCUAUCAUAUUUUCAUACCACGUUGUAUACUUAUGUCUAUGCUAGACUAGUAAAAUCUCAAGAGAUUUGUAAUAUUCCCUAAAAAUAUAAAAAGAAAUUUCACGUCAUGACACGCUCGUUUGCGUUAUAUAAAGUUGCACGUGUUUUUUGUGCCUGUGAUUAGUAAUAAUAGCAUUUUAAUAUGAAAAUACGAUAAUUUUUAAAACGAUCAAACUAAUUGAUUUCUUUAUAUAUCCAUUAAAUUUACUCUUAUCUAUAUAAAUUGUUGCAUAUUGUCAGGUAAAGAAUAUAUGUACAUAUAUUAUUGUAUAUAAAAUGUGUCUGUUAUGCUUUGUAAGUACCAUGUAGAAAUAUUUACUAAAAAAACGAAACAUCUAUUAUUAUAAUAUAAAGUUCAUUAUAUAAACUUAAAUUCUAUCACUUUUUAUGUAUUUCAAUUGAACAACAAUAAGAACUAAUAAAUAAUUGACCGUUUAUUUGUUAACAGAGCACGGAGGUUUUCUAUAAAACACUCUUCUAAAAAUAGUCUUCUAUUAUAUCAAAAAAAAAAAACCCAGUUUAAUAACACUAAAAUGAG